CCACCACCCUUACCUUCCGAUUGAGUUUUGCUGGUCACAAGAGAAUGUUCCCUGUUUCUGACUUCAGUUUUGUCUAUUGUGGAAUGGCGACGGUUGCUGCUACAAUGGGAUAUGUUUAUGCCAAAAGGCGAAGAGUAGAGCCUUACAGUCAUUCGCUGGCUUUGGGGGAUACGGCCUCACCAAAUGAUGACACCGUCUUUGUUAUGGAAAGCCCCGCAGCUUAUUCGAAGUCAGACAACGAAAUACACUUGUCCAACUCCUCGGAAGAAAUUGAUACACAGAGUAUAACCGUCGACACUACAACCACAGUGCCCGCUGCCUGGAGUCUAGAGCCGAUAAUCAGCAUUCCGAAUCCGCCUGUAGUUAGAGGACCGUCGUUAAAGCGUAAGCAGAUGCACGAUCACGAUGAAAACAAUAUCCCAUUGGAGUAUCCAUACAAUCUCGCGGCGCUGUACCCCAACAAACGCUGCAAAACCCCACCUUCGUCGCAGACGAUUGAGCCAACGAUUCCCUUGCCCGAGGAAUCUACACAGCGUAGCAACGAAACCGUGACCAAUCCUGAGCCGACUCCAGAAAUUCUGACUGAGCCAGUAGGUGAUUCGUUGGAACAGCCUGCUAGUAAACGACAACGACAUGGAAACGAAGAGUUGGAAUAUUCACAAGCCCAACGUGAUGACAAAACUCCAUUGAUAACGACUCAACUCCAUUCUUCGACAGACUUGGAAAGUGAAUGUACACCCCAGGUUCCUCCAACAACUGCGAAUGAUGCUUUUUCAUCCAAGCCUUCUGUUGCGACACUGGAUCCGACACCACCGACGCCACCUCGGUUUGGCUCUGAAAAAUUUGUUCCAAAGACGGAGAAGAACGCGCUAGCAUUUGAAUCUUAUCUCCCAGCUGCGUCCUCUUCCCGGGCCGCAAAAGCAACGCCAGUGUCGCAAACAUUUGCAUUUGAAAUGUUUGCGACUGCAACACCUGCUUUAUUCAACAACGAAACGUUGGCCUCGGGAGCAAACAUGAGACCAGUGUGGUCUACAACCAAUAGUUUCAGAAAGCGACAUUCUUUCGUCGACAAUCCCGAUGAUGUUACUGGAAGUUCGGAUAGUGGAGAAGCCCACGCCCUUGGCUUGGCUUCCCGCCGGGACUCACCAUCUUACACCCAUGUGACCGGAGAGGAAGACGAGGACGUUCAGAGCGAGUUGAGGGGUGUUAAAUUGUUUGUAAAGCGCGGCAGCAAUGAUUACUCGAGUGGUAUUUUGGGACAGGUCAAGUACUUGUCUGAUAAGAAGACUUUGGUUCAGCGGCUUCUGUUCCGUCGAGAACCUUUACGGAAGGUAUCCAUGAACAUUCGUCUGCAACCUGCGGUUCGGUGCACAUUCGAUCCGCAGGAGUGCAUCCUCAGACUCUUGCUGGCAGAGUCAUCAGAAUCGAAAGCAUCAGGCACAACAGAAAUCGUUGUUUAUGCUUUGAAGCCGGGAAGGUUUUGUUCAAGAAAAGACUUUCAAACAUUUUCAGAGUCUGUGAUGGGGAACUCGGGCUUGAAGACAGUAGCAACAUCAAGCACGGGCGAUGAAGGUUCAAAAGAAGGCUCGAGAGAAGUCCAGAGUUGAACUCUGACAGUAAUCCAAGCAGGUUCUUGGAGGGAUAAUUUAUCACAUGUCACUGUAAAUUACUAAGGUUGUUUCAACUUGA